UCCGGCGGCGGCGACGGGCGGGCGCGCGCGCGGUGCUCGCUGCCCCCACGCUGCUCCCUCGGCUGGGAUCGCGGCGUCUCCCGCUCGCCGCACUGCUUCUUGCCUGGCCGGUGGCUCCGGAGGCGGCAGUCGUGCCAGGUGGGCUCGGGUGGACGGGCGCGGCGGUGCGGGCGAGGCGGCGGCGCGGGUGGACAGCGCGGAACCCAGCAAGUUCCUCGCGGGCGAUGUCGCCGGGCGCGGGCCCCUGCGUACGCCGGGCGCCGUGACAGGCCAGCCGGGGAGGCGCGGACGGGGGAGGCCGCGACGGAGCUCCCGGACUGGCCAUGGGCUGAGACGCAGCCUCGCGGAGCAGCCUGUAGUGAAAGUGGCCCUUCCAUACUCCACCAGAACAUGCCGGGGUGACUCUGUCCCAGAUCCUGUGGCCUUCCUCGCUCUCCUCAGUGACACUAUGCAACCCCUGCGUGACCUGCGAGGCCUCUGGCUCCUGCUGCUCUCCUUCUUCCUGCUUCUCUUGGAGGUAGCCAGGGCUGGCCGAGCUGUGGUUAGUUGUCCCGCCAACUGCCUAUGCGCCAGCAACAUCCUCAGCUGCUCCAAGCAGCAGCUGCCCAACGUGCCCCAGUCUUUGCCCAGCUACACGGCGCUCCUGGACCUCAGCCACAACAACUUGAGCCGGCUGCGGGCUGAGUGGACCCCCACGCGUCUGGUCAACCUGCACUCCCUACUGCUGAGCCACAACCACCUAAACUUCAUCUCCUCUGAGGCCUUUGUCCCAGUACCCAACCUCCGGUACCUGGACCUCUCCUCCAACCAUCUCCACACGCUGGAUGAGUUCCUGUUCAGCGACCUGCAGGCGCUGGAAGUGCUGUUGCUCUACAAUAACCACAUUGUGGUGGUGGACCGGAAUGCCUUCGAGGACAUGGCCCAGCUGCAGAAACUCUACUUAAGCCAAAAUCUGAUCUCUCGCUUUCCUCUGGAACUGAUCAAGGAUGGAAACAAAUUACCCAAACUAAUGCUCUUGGAUCUAUCCUCCAACAAGCUGAAGAAGUUGCCCCUGACCGACCUGCAGAAAUUGCCAGCGUGGGUCAAGAACGGGCUGUACCUGCACAACAACCCCCUGGAGUGUGACUGCAAGCUCUACCAGCUCUUUUCCCACUGGCAGUACCGGCAGCUGAGCUCUGUGAUGGACUUCCAAGAGGAUCUGUAUUGCAUGCAUUCCAAGAAGCUGCACAACGUCUUCAGCCUGGAUUUCUUCAACUGCAGCGAGUACAAGGAAAGUGCCUGGGAGGCUCACCUGGGAGACACCCUGACCAUCACGUGUGACACCAAACAGCAGGGGAUGACCAAAGUGUGGGUGACCCCAAGCAAUGAACAGGUGCUAAAUCAGGGGUCCAAUGGCACGGUGACCGUGUCCGAGGAUGGCAGUCUUCACUUUAAAGAGGUGCAGGUUGAGGAUGGGGGUGUGUAUACCUGCUAUGCCAUGGGGGAGACGUUCAACGAGACACUGUCUGUGGAGUUGAAGGUGUAUAACUUCACCUUGCACGGACACCAUGACACCCUCAACACAGCCUAUACGACGCUGGUGGGCUGUAUCCUUAGUGUGGUUCUGGUCCUCAUAUACUUGUACCUCACCCCUUGCCGCUGCUGGUGUCGGGGUGUGGAGAAGCCUUCCAGCCAUCAAGGAGAUAGCCUCAGCUCUUCUAUGCUCAGUACCACACCCAACCAUGACCCUAUGGCUGGUGGGGACAAAGAUGAUGGUUUUGACCGGCGGGUGGCCUUCCUGGAACCUGUUGGACAGGGGCAGGGUCAAAAUGGCAAACUCAAGCCAGGCAACACUCUGCCGGUGCCCCAGGCAACAGGCAAGGGUCAGCGGAGGAUGUCAGACCCAGAGUCGGUCAGCUCGGUCUUUUCUGAUACACCCAUUGUGGUGUGAGCAGCAUGGGCUGAUGGGGAGGUUCUGCCCCAGGAGAGGUAGUGUACCCCUGAGGGAGAUGAGGGGGCGGAAGAGAGGGCUGGCUGCCCAAGGGAGUGGGUUUCUCCUGACCACCAGGGAAUUGGUCAUGGGCACAAGAGGAGGCAAGACCCCAGUGAGGGUGUGGAUGCUGUGAGUUUCACAUAUGGAUAUAUUAAUCCUCAGGCAGAUGCCACACCCCUACCCAAAGCCUUGGCUAUUCUCAGCGUGGUAGAGGAGGAGAGACGCGUCUGAGUUGGACAGGAACGAGGAAAGGGGUGAGGGGAGGAGCAGAUUCCCUAAACUUUUUUUGAGGUCAUCCCUAGCUCCUUAAGAGAAAACCAUUUGAAAAACAACUUUUUUUUUCCUGUCUCUGCCCACCCACACCUGCGAAGUUGUGUGUGUUGGGGGAGCUUCACAGGAGCCGUGCUGGGGAGCUGCAGUUUCUUCUCUGGUCGGGAAGUCACAUUCAUAGCUAGAGAACUGGAAACCUUUGGAAAAUGAGUCAGGAAAAGGCUGAGACCUGGAUCAAUAACACUCCCUAAAGCUGCUGUAAGAGUUCUCGCUAGAGCUGUCUUCUCUCCCUGGGAGUCCUGAGUAGGUGGAUCUUUGCAGGAGCCUGGCCUCUUGCCUGUUAGUUAUGGCAGCAAUAUAGGACAUUGUGUCUGUGCCUUGUCCUGGGGCAGGUGGCUCGGAUGGGUACAGAAUGAAUUAAGAGGUCACUGUCAUAGCAUAAAACUUGUAGAUAAGGCAUAAAGUCCAGGUAAGCUGAUUCCCUGGCUGGGGAAAGCUUUGAUUAGUAUUUGACUCCCAGUGUCUAUCUAUCGGGACAAGAGUAGGGAAUCCUGAGGAAGUAGCAUUGAUGGCUGCCACCACUGUGGCACAAGGGCUGCCACACUUGCUAAUAGGAUAGGGAAAACCAGCCUCUUUGAUUUAUCGGCCAACCAGACCUACCUGAUCUCCCAUGUAUUCCAUCUCUUCCAUCAACCUUCUUAAUCAGCUCAGGUGGGGUUCUGAGCCUUCCAUAAAAUGCUGCUCUGCAGAGGCGGAGUCAGGAACAUCCACUCCUGCUCCGUUAGGCUAGGUCUGGAGCUAGACAGGACCUACCGUUUGUUUAUCUUCUCUCUGCUGACAAGGCUGCCUCACUCCUGCAAAGUGUGGGAUUUUUUUGUCAACUGAAGGGUUGGAACUUAGUGGUCUCUGUCCCAGAACGGUGAUACAGAGUGUGCCUUAGAGUUCUGCACUCCCCUACCAGACUCGAAGGCAGGCAGUCUUGUAACAGAGGCAGAAGGGGCUCUACAGUUUGAAAAAUCAGUUGGAGAUCAGUGCAGUUGUGGCGCUCAGAGCAGAGGCGCUUAAAAACAAACCCAGCCUUUGCUUCCAUCCAGACUCAAAAUGCUUUGGAUACAGAGGUGGCUGUGCCCUGCAUCCUGCAAACAUAGUGCAGGCCCCAGAGGUGGUUGUUCUGAGCUUUGGCAGAGGGGUGGUCAGGGCAGAGGUCAAAGUGUUCCCCAGUGUGGGUCUUUUCCGGUGUCUUUUCUUUCCCUUGUUUCCUGUGGUUGGAAGUCAUCCAGGUCCUCCGGUUUCCUGACCUGCUUUUGAGGUUCUUAAGAAGUGUUGUUUACCUGUGGGUGAGGGCUGCUUAGUGCUAGGAAGGCCUGUCAGGCUACUUAUACAGACCGGGGAAGAGAAACUGAUUGUCCCCUGUCUGCUCCUGGGAUCUCAAGGCUGCUGUCCAUCCUUUCUUAGUAACCUAGUUUUGUCAAGAGAGAGGUGCAGCGAUUCCCCUUAAGUAGUUGCAUGCUCAUAGGAACGCAUGCUCAUAGGUAUGCAUGCACGCCAGCACCUUGACCUCCACCAGGACAGUGAGUCUGUGGCCACCUCUGAUGCCACCAUUUCUAGACCGGCCUCCACCCACGCGCACAACUUCUUGCACACAUUUUUCUUGAACUGCAGGAGAGAAUGACCAUGCCAGUCUCCUCAAAUGCACCAUCUCUUAUACUUUAAUUUCUGAACACGCUGAACUUUUACCCAUAUCUCCAUGGAGCUGAAUCACUUUUCUGCAGAUGCUGGAGUUAGGGGGAACCACACGCUGGAGCCUUUGAGAAAAGGGUGGUGAGGUACUAGCUGGUUCAUCAGACUCCUCAGAAACCCUCUUAAAAAACUGCAUACCUGUAGACAGGAGGCUAGAGCCAGAGUAGCGAAGGACUCCAAAGGAUGCUGGUGGAGGCCAAGAAGCUCUUGAGUUGUUCUUCCUGUGUCCUAUUAGACCAGGGUUGGGGAGGAACUGGUUGUAUUUCAAACACUUCUGGGGACUUUGUCACCAGAGGUCCAAGAGCCAGACCUCCAUCCUCAGACUCCUCAGAGAAUGAGGAAAUCUCUUAGGUAGCAGCAUCCUCUCCAGACACCAUUGAGAGCUGUAAGACUCUUUAAAAUGGAAGUCAAAUGAAGUUUGCCUUCUGGGGCAUUCUAGCUGAGCUCCUGAGGACCAGGAGGGUCAUUUUCUUUUUAAGUCCUACUCUGCAGCCUAACUCUCCCUACUACAACCACUAACUUGGGCCCUAGUUCAAGACACCUGCAGGACAUAUCUGGAUGCUCCAACAAAAACCAUUUAACUGACUGGUCUCUCCUUGUGGUUUCAGUUCUUAUAACCCAAUGGUAGCUUCGUCCUUGUAGGUGGGGUAUAUGUGUGUAUCCGUAUUCUGCAUCAUAUAAUCCCAUUAGACCUUGGGAAGAAAACAGCCAGGUGUAGAUAAAAGAGAGGAUGGUCUUCACCCCAUCUGUACCCAUAAACUGUAUCUCCCAGGAAGGAGAAGCAGGUUUCUCUGGAGACAGGAUGUGAUAAGGCUCUAUAGUCUGUGUAAUUAUCUGUGAUCUUUUCCUUUGCUGUAUCUAUGGGGCCCCUGGAAGAGGCCAGGAAAGGGUAGACCUAUCUGAGGAGAACAAAGCCAAUUUUCUGGGUUUGUGUGUGUUCUUGCCUUGUAAUUCUUUUUUUCUGUGUCUAGGACUCUUCCUCCCACUGUGUACACCAGGCUGGCAAACCUCAGAGCCCGUGGGCUCUAGAACUAGACAAUGACCAUUAAACCUGGCUUGAGUCUCUGCUCUGGCACAGUUUGUGGUUGGUUUAUUUACCUUAGCAUGUGGGUGGGUUCAGUAUACUUCAAAAGGGUGUGACAUCAAAAGAGAGAAUCUCUUCAGAGUGUUGUUAUCUGCAUGAUCUAGGAAACUAAGUAUAAAAUCAGAUUCAUCCAGGCAUUAAGAUUAGAGAAGAGAAUAGCAAACUUUUUCUCUCAAGCCAGACAGUAAAUAUUUUGGGCCUUAGAGGAUUCACCAUCUAUUAAUUCUCCACUGCACUGCUGUAGCAGACAAACAUCCACAGUGUAGAUGAAUGGCCAUGGUUCUGUCCUAGCAUAGCAAUCUUUUUGCUGGAGGGAAAUGUCCAAGGCAGAGCAUUUUAUAAGGGAGAAAGGUUUACGUAGCUUAUAGUUUUGGAGGAUGGAAGUUAAAGAUCCAGUGGACCCAUUGGUUGGUCAUGUCAUGAGGGCCUCAUGGUAUGUGUCAUUACAAUAACAGGAGGAAAUGCAAAAGAGUUCACAUAAAGAAAUGGGGUGAAAGGCAGGUUCCAUGGCCUGUUUGCUCUUUUUGUAACAACUUGUUCUUGUGAGAGCAAACCAGGGCCCGAUGAGAACUGCAUUAUGGUCUUCAAAGGACGAUGCCCCUUGACCUAGCUCUCUCUCACCAGACCUUGUCUGAAAGGUUACACCAUCCUUCAGCUGCACCACAGAGGUCCAAGCUUCUAGGACAUGAUUCUUUGAAAUAAAUCCUCAAAUAUCUGCCAAAACAGAGCAUCCAAUAAAAAUGGUACCUGUAGGCAGUAAAAUGUUAGUCUUUUUAGGUUUUUUUCAACCCGUUAAAAAAGUAAAGGCUCCUAUUCUUACAGACCACACAAAAUCAGGCAGGGGCUGAUCUGCCCAACAGACAGUUUUCUAACUUCUGAGAUAGCCUCAGAAGCAGCAUCUCAGUACCUUUAGCAAGCAAGAGAUUAGGUACCCUGGGCCAAGGCUUAUACAUACUGAUGCUUUGCUAGAUCCCUGAGGAGGAGGCUUGCCUCCCUACAGGCUUCUCUUAAAAGGCUAGAUCAAGCUUUCUAAUGGUACGAUGGCAAAAUGCUUGGGUUGGAAGGUUGAUUUUUUUUCCUUAAUGGUGGCAAACAGCUCACUUUCAUAAAAUUUUGAUUAUUACCAGGAUAUUUUCAUCUUGAGCUAAAAGCAUAUUCAUCUCAUGGGUAUGUUAAUACUCAAUGACUGUUUCAUGUGAACUAAGUAUUCUGUGGAAUGAAAAGCAAAAACUGCAGAAUCUUUAGCUUCUCUUAAUAGACAUACCCUGCCAGAAACUAGACUAAACUGUAAUGUCGGGCUAGGCUCUUGAGGCUUCUGGAAAGGACUGUCCUAAGACACUAAGGCCUAGGCCUGUACCAUUCCAUAUGUGAGAUCUCAACUGAUCUCAGAAGCUAAGUGGGGUCUGUCCUGGUGCGUACUUGAAUGGGAGACCAAAGAGGGAGCAUAUAUAAUUACCAUAACCUCUUAUGUGUAUGGAAUUGAGCCACCAUAGCCCUGUUCUGUCUGGGAAGUUGUCUGUCUCACUAGAGGAGGAAUAGUGAAACUACUUUACUGCCAGGCACAUCAGGUAGGUCAGUGAAAUGCAGACGCUGAGUGAGGUCAGAGCUCUCCCAUCAUCCACAUCUGUGUAUUUCCUCAUCUUUACGAAGUUGACUCUGCUAUGGCUGACUGCCUGGUAGAGAGGAUGGUGCUGGUAGAGGAAAGGCUUGGAAGGGUUCUGGGAAGAGCCUGGAGUUCUCAGAGGCUGUACCUCUUCUGCCGUUUGUGCUCACCCCACUCCCAAGCCACAAGCUCCCUGGCUCAUGGAUAAGAUGAUGUAGUUUUGUCUGCUGGGUCUUGCAAAACUUUCUGUCCUUCCUCUUAGGCAGCACUUCAGGGAAAUAGAAGCCCUGUGUGACAGGGUAAGGGUACAGUGUAUGGGCUAGCCCAGUCUUCCUUCCACCUGGCCUCUCAAUUCCUCCCUUUUCUGUAUUUGUACCACUUAUCUUGUCUCCUAGGCAACCAGUGGUGAUGCUGUGCUUUCCCCACCCACAUGGCAAAAAAAGCUCAGGCCCUGCAGUAAGGACAGUUGGCUUUUUCGUCAGGCCACAAGGAAUCUAUGCUGGUGGUUUCCUCUCCCAGGGCUUUGAAAGAGAAGGCUAAAGCUGCCAAUCAAGCACUUUCAUCAGGCUGAGACACUAAUAGGUAGAAGAUAUCAAAUGGUUAGGAUCCUUAGAACUGCCCUGAUGCCUUCCCUUCUGUGGUGUGCCAGCCUGGAGCACAGAAAGCAUAGAACUAUGGCCUGAGAGCCAUCCUUUGGUGAACCAGGACAUGUAAUCCUACCAGGCGACUUCUGGGUCUCCUUCUGCACUGGCAUAGAUAAUGUGCACAAAGGUUGGCUAGGACUGUGACCAGGUAAUACUUGUACUUCUUUCUUCUCCCUCCCUUCCCACUGCUCCCUCUUUUGCUGUGAUUACUUUAGGUGUGGUCUGAGCAUCACUGCUAGGACUCACUGGGAGAUAACUAGGAACCUUUUUAAAAGAUAGGGUCCUGGGAGCCACUAUGUCACCAGUGACACAAAAUCAGCUCCAAAUUCCACAGACUAGCCUGAAAUGGUUCCUUCACCUGCUUCAAAGAUGGGUUAAAAAAUUCUUUGGGAAAUUCUGACAAUAGCUGACCAAUUAAUAAUGGGCCACUGCUCUCUGACCACAUCUGGGCUAAGGCUGUCUACCAGAGGUCAUCUGUUUGUACUGAGCCCUGCCCAGUGCUGACCGUCUACUUCCAGUCCGUCUCUAGGGCAGUUCUGGGGCACUGCCCCCACACUCCCCUCCACCUUCUGUUUUCCUUGUGCCAUUUAGGCAAGAAUGACUGAGGCUAGACUCGCAUUUCAUUCCUGGAUCCCAGGACAGAAAAAACAAUUAAGAUAAAGAGAGACAAAUGUUCA